GGAGAGCGUCAGUGCGCACCGAGCACCCUGGCAGCUGUAUUCCUGGGCUCUGAUUGGGCGGAGGGCGGUGAUUCCUUCUGUCACGAUUUGGGUCGCUCCCACCGGAGGACACCGACCGCUCGGGUCCGGCUUUCAAAGAGAUCCUCGGGAGAGGAGGCAAGGAUUCCUCUGAAAGGCCUGGGCUUGUCAGCUCGGCGUCCGUCUCCGAGGAGGAGAGGGAGAAGGAGAGCGAGGGAGUGAAAAAAGACAGUGAGCGCUGGAGCUACCAGCUGCCUUUUUUUUUUCUUUCCUCCAUCGGGGCUGUGCUGAAAGUCGUUCACGAUGCCGGUGUUUCACACCAAGACCAUUGAGAGCAUCCUGGAGCCGGUGGCCCAGCAGAUCUCCCACCUGGUCAUCAUGCAUGAGGAGGGGGAGGUGGACGGGAAAGCCAUCCCGGACCUGUCGGUGCCGGUGGCCGCGGUGCAGGCGGCUGUCAGCAACCUUGUGCGGGUGGGGAAGGAAACGGUUCAAACCACAGAGGACCAGGUGAUGAAGAGAGACAUGCCUCCUGCUUUUAUUAAGGUGGAGAACUCAUGCUCAAAGCUCGUCCAGGCGGCUCAGAUGCUUAAGGCAGAUCCAUACUCGGUUCCUGCGAGGGAUUACCUGAUCGAUGGAUCCAGAGGGAUACUGUCUGGAACGUCCGACCUGCUCCUUACCUUUGAUGAAGCAGAGGUGCGUAAGAUCAUCCGUGUGUGCAAAGGCAUCCUCGAGUAUCUGACAGUAGCUGAAGUGGUGGAGACCAUGGAGGACCUCAUUACUUAUACAAAAAAUCUUGGACCAGGCAUGACCAAGAUGUCAAAGAUGAUUGAGGAGCGGCAGCAGGAGCUGACCCACCAGGAGCACAGACAGAUGCUCGUCAGCUCCAUGAACACCAUCAAGGAGCUGCUGCCCGUUCUCAUCUCAGCCAUAAAGAUUUUUGUGGCAACCAAAAGCAGCCGAGGAGCCGGCAUCGAGGAGGCCGAGAAGAACAGAAGGUUUACUUUUGAAAAGAUGAGCGCUGAAAUCAACGAGAUCAUCAGAGUCUUGCAGCUCACCACGUGGGACGAAGACGCCUGGGCCAACAAGAAGGACAUGGAGGCCUUGAAGAGAUCUCUGGCUUUGAUUGAAUCCAAGAUGGCGCAGGCCAAAAGCUGGCUCAAAGACCCGCAGGGACAGCCAGGAGACCCCGGCGAGGUGGCGCUGCGGGUCAUCUUGGACGAAGCUGGUAAGGUGGGAGAGCUGUGUGCUGGGAAGGAGAGGAAAGACAUACUGGCGACCACCAAAGCUCUGGGGCAGAUCACAGAUCAGAUUGCAGAUCUGCGUGUCAGAGGCCAGGGACAGUCUCCGGGGUGCGUGCAGCGUGCAGGCCAGUGCUCACAGGGCUUAGAGCUGCUCUUUGGCAAAGUGGACAGCGCUGCUCGCAGACUGGAGGCUCUAAUCAAUGCCAAGCAGGCCAUUGCCAGGAGGCUGGACGCGGCACAGGCAUGGUUGGCUGAUCCUAAUGGUGGUCCGGAGGGAGAGGAGAACAUCCGAGCACUUCUAGCAGAGGCCAAACGCAUUGCAGACCUCUGUGAAGACCCGAAGGAGAGGGACGACAUCCUGCGCUCCAUAAACGAGAUAGCGGGACUCACCGCCCGGCUGGUGGAGCUACGCAAACAAGGUAAAGGCGACAGCCCGGAGGCCAGAGCGCUGGCAAAGCAGAUCGGAGCUGCGCUGCUAACCCUGCAGUCCAAAACCAACCGGGCCGUGGCCAACAUGAGACCAGCAAAGCCUGCCGUCACACUGGAGGGCAAAAUGGAGCAGGCUCUGCGCUGGGCGAACAAUCCUGGGGUGGAUGACAGAGGCGUAGAGUGUGAGAGGCUAGAAUGGAACACAGGUCAAGCAGCAAUCAGAGGGAUGGUUGGGGAAGGAAAGAGGCUGGCAGGAGGCCUGUUGGGUCCGUACCGUCAGGACAUGGUUGGGCGCUGCGACCGAACGGAGGCGCUGAUGACAGCUUUGGCAGACUUGGCGAGCAGAGGAGAGGCCGAGGCUCCUCAGGCGCGAGCCACAGCGGCACAACUUCAGGACACCCUCAAGGACCUGAGGCAGCACAUGCAGGAGGUGAUGACCCAGGAGGUCUCCGACGUUUUCAGCGACACCACCACACCCGUCAAGCUUCUGGCGGUGGCAGCAACGGCUCCUGCUGAUGCGCCCAACCGGCAGGAGGUCUUUGAAGAGCGUGCAGGAAACUUUGAAACCCAUGCUGGACGACUGGGAGCGACCGCAGAGAAGGCCGCCGCUGUGGGGACGGCAAACAAGAGCACAGUAGAGGGCAUCCAUGCUGCCGUGAAACACGCCAGGGAGCUGACACCACAGGUGACCUCUGCCGCUCGGAUCUUGCUGAAGAACCCGGGGAACAAAGCGGCGUAUGAGCACUUCGACACCAUGAAGAACCAGUGGAUCGACAACGUGGAGAGGCUGACCGGUCUGGUCGAUGAAGCCAUAGACACCAAAUCCCUGUUGGACGCUUCUGAAGAGGCCAUUAAAAAAGACAUUGACAAGUGCCGAGUUGCCAUGGCAAAUGUCCAGCCCCAGAUGCUCGUUGCCGGGGCGACGAGCAUAGCGAGACGAGCUAACCGGGUCUUGUUGGUAGCCAAGAGGGAAGUGGAGAACUCUGAAGAUCCACGGUUCAGAGACACUGUGAAACACGCCUCCGACAUCCUCUCACACACCAUCUCACCCAUGGUGAUGGAUGCCAAGGCUGUGGCCGGGAACAUACAAGACAAAGCUCUGCAGAAAGGCUAUCUGGACUCUUGUCUAAGGAUCCUGGCUGCAGUGGGAAAGGUCAGAGAAGCCUUUCAGCCUCAGGAGCCAGACUUCCCACCUCCACCUCCUGAUCUGGAUCAGCUCCAUGUUAGUGACGAACAGGCACCGCCUAAACCCCCGCUGCCGGAGGGAGAGGUGCCUCCCCCUCGGCCUCCUCCCCCAGAGGAGAAGGACGAGGAGUUUCCGGAGCAGAAGGCCGGCGAGGUGCUCAGCGAGCCCAUGAUGGUGGCGGCCAGGCAGCUCCACGACGAGGCGCGCAAAUGGUCAAGCAAACCUGAGGAGGAGGAGGCAGUAGAGGAGAGGGAGGUAGAUGAUGAAGAUGAGUUUACUGAUGGUGAGGAUGACUAUGAGCCAGAGCUGCUGAUGAUGCCAUCCAACCAGCCUGUCAAUCAGCCCAUUCUGGCGGCUGCCCAGUCUCUCCACCAGGAGGCUCGCAAGUGGUCCAGCAAGGGUAACGACAUUAUAGCAGCAGCCAAGCGAAUGGCUCUGCUGAUGGCGGAAAUGUCUCGGCUGGUGCGCGGCGGGAGCGGAAACAAGCGAGCGCUGAUUCAGUGCGCUAAAGACAUCGCCAAGGCCUCGGACGAGGUGACAAGACUGGCUAAAGAAGUGGCCAAGCAGUGCACUGACCGACGCAUCAGGACCAACCUGCUGCAGGUUUGUGAACGAAUCCCCACCAUCAGCACUCAGCUGAAGAUCCUUUCUACUGUCAAAGCUACCAUGCUGGGACGCACCAACAUUAGUGAAGAGGAGUCUGAGCAGGCCACAGAGAUGUUGGUCCACAACGCCCAGAACUUGAUGCAGUCCGUAAAGGAGACGGUGAGGGAAGCAGAGGCCGCCUCCAUCAAGAUCCGCACAGAUGCAGGGUUCACCCUCCGCUGGGUGCGCAAGACCCCCUGGUACCAAUGAACUGACUCAGCCGCUCUCACCGAGUAAAAGUCGCGCUCUCAUUUUGAGCGGGCGCAUCCAGAGGAGACCGCGGGAUUUUUAAGGUCAUUCUCCGCUGUAGCUUUAGGUGGGAAUCUCUGAUUUUGUUGCCAUGCAGGUUUCAUUUAUGGGUGUGAACUUAGCUUGGCUGUCUUUUAUCCGCAGCUGUGGAAACACACACAAGCUUAUCAGGAGACUUUUUUAAUAUAUAUUUUUGGUAUUUUGGGUUAUGAGACUUUUAUCUAAAUCCUAGGUAUAUAUUUUUUUGCAUGAGUCAUUUUCUAUUUUCUAAAAAAAAAAAACUGACAUGGAGACACUUAACAUUUAGAGGAUGUGUGAAAUUUGCAGCUUUUUCUUUCAGUCACGGUUCGGUAAUGUAUGUUGUGUAUAUAAACAAUAAUUAUCUGUUAGCUUUAUUCACCAGGUUUGACACUAAAGUGUAGAGUCCUGAGGGAGCGCCAUGUUUACUUUCAGUCAUCUGAAAAGCUAGGAAAUCGACAGAGGUGCAUCAUCGCUGUUGCCGCUGAUGGUGUUUAUUCUUUAGCUGAAAGAUCGUGUGGAUUUAAAAACGAAAGUUAGCAAUAGCUGAAAAGAUGACAGUGUUGAUCUGUGUGACGGUGAAGUUUAGCCGAUCGUGUGUUUACUUUUAUCGAACUUCUGCGUCUGAUGAAGCCAAAGGAUUUGUUUAACAUUGCUCUCAAGCCUCAUUGAGUUCUUUGAACGCUCAAAAUCCAGGUUUUUACUAAAAUAAUGCAGAUCAGCCUCAGUAGAGAUGCUGUAGUAAUUGUUGAUGUCUGUUACUUUCUAUCAAAAAAAGAAAAAGAAGAGGUUUUUGAAUGUUUUCUCUGCUUGGCUAUUUUUUUUUUUUUUUUUUUAUCUAAUAGCAGUUUUUUUUUGUGGCUGCACUCUGUAACAGUUGAGCUGUUUGGGAUUUACAGUUUUCCACCAAACUUUAAGUUUUAUACCGUCCUCCUCAGCCGUCCCAGUUCGCAUUCUCUGAUGCGACUUUUCUUUUCCUUUUUUUAGACGACCCAGGUGGUUUGAGAAUUAGUUAGUGAUAACCAGAGCAACAAAUUAUAUUUUUGAAGAUUUAAACAUAAACUUAACGAUUGUUAUCGGUGUUAGUUUUGAGUUAAAAGGAGUUGAAAAAACAACCGAGGUCACACACAGAUCCAGUCAGCGGUUUACUUGCAUUCAUCAUCAUGAAUGUCAUUCAUAGGCUUUACAUCAGGGGGGGUCCAAGGUGCUACCCGGGGACCAUUUGUGGCCCCUGGACUGAUUUAGUGUGACUCCCAACUGCAGUUCAAGAAUCACAUAUGUCUGAUGACUUUUACUCAAAAACAGACUUUGGUGUGCAAAAAUCUGCUUUUUUAAAUGCAUUUAUUAAAAUUGGCUAAGUAUACCGAGUGUGUAUAAGAAAAAGGCCUAAAUCCUGUUUUCAUCGCUGAGAAUAGACACAUUUAUUUUUCUUCCAGUUUUCAAUCGGGCCUGAAAGAAUUUGCAAACUGGAUGAACAUAUUUUAAAUGUGUUAAUACUUUUUUUUUUUUUGUUAUUUGGGAUCUACAAAGAUUUACACAUGCCUUUCCUUCAGAAAAUCUGGCACAUUUUAUUAAAAUAUUCCAUGAUCAAAUUUUGUAGAUAUAUAAUGUAAAACUUUUGCCCCUUUAAGUACUUUAACUUGACAGUUCUGGCCCAUGUGAUGCAAAGUUUGGAUACCCCGGCUUUAGAUGAUUUAUAUGAGCCGUCUUUUUUUUUUUUAAAGAAAAGAAAAACUUUAAUGUUUUUUAAAUGAGACACAAGUUUGUGUGUACAUUGCAUCUCUUUCUUUGAUUUAAAAGCCUCAACUUGACGUCUCCAAACCUUCUUCUUGCGUCACCACAGCUUCGUCUUGUCUGAUCACUCAUUUCUCUGCUCAGAAGGCGUCUGGCUUGAAGGUGUUUUUGGAGCCAGUGCUUAAUUCUUGGCCAGCAUCCUCCCGGCCUGCGUGGAUGUAAACAAACACCGGUGUUCCAGCUGUUUUUUUCCUGGCACAUUAGGGUUUGUUGGUUGUUUUUGAACAUCCCUGGGUGGCAUUUUGGGUCAGAUCUUUGAACACUGGACACAUCUAAAUGUUCCCAACAGGGCAAAAAAAAUUAAUGGCAUUCAUGCUCGCGAUGAGUGUAUGGAAAUUUCCAACCAGAACUGUAAUGAUAAGUACAGCAGUAAAUGCAUAUUUUCAUUCCUUUAACAGAUUUUUAUUUUAUUUUACAGUGUAAAUGUAUAUGUUGCAUUGACUGGUGUGUGAUCUCAUUUUAUCAGUAUUAGCGAGCGGUCCCUGGAACGAUGAGGGAUGACGUUCUGAAUCGCAGCGCAGACUGUUACCCGUUUUCUUCCUCUGUUUUUCGGGGCGUACUGAACACGCAGUGGUAACAGGCCCCUCUCUGAGAGCCGCAGGGUGUGGAGCUGUGCGUUAUGGUUGUUAAUCCACACACUGAAUGUAUGCUGAUAGCCUCUAGCCCUGCCAACAUCUGCUGUGCCUUGACAGAAUAAAGACUAUAAUGAAAAACAAAA